UCUGUCGUCAACCAAAGGCCCGAGCUACGAAGCCCCGCGCGGCGCGAAGGCCCAGUCAUCGCGGAGGGCGUUAAGAACACCGCCACCGAAGCCGGGGCCUGUAGCACCGCGAACGCCGAACGGUUUGGGGCGCAUCUUCCGAGCCGGCCAGAUUCCGGUCGUCCUGGUAACCAGACAGGGAACGCGCCUGCGCACACCUCCUUGUCACGUGGGGCCGGGUCGGGGGCGGGACGGCCGACAGCGCCUCCGGACCCGAGGCCCCGCCCCUCUCGGCGCGGAGGCCAGCAGAGGCGGGGCGAACCUCUGCCCUUCUGCGUGGGGGUGGCUCACCGCUCCUGCCCCUUUUCACUUUGCUCUCUCCUGGCUCUUUCCUCGCACCACGUGCCCUCCUGGCCGCUCCCCCAGCUGCCCUUUCCAACUGCCGAUUGGAACUUGCUGUAAAAUGUCGUAAGGGGCGCUGCCGCUUUACGGCUGCCUCUCCCAGGCGAGAGCCCGGGAGCGCCCACCGCCGUCAGCCCUGUCUCCAAGAGGCGGCUCGGCGGAGACGGAGAGACCCGGCGCGCCGCUCCCCUCCCCGCCGCGCCCGUGCCGGCCGCCGGCGAUGUGAGCUCGAGGAGGCUGCGGUGCCCCCUGGCCCGGGGUUGAGACGGGCGGCAGGUGCCUGUGAGGCGGGAGGGUGCCGGGGGCCUGCAGGAUGGAGGAAAGCAUGGAAGAGGAGGAGUGGGGCAGCUACGUGGCGAUGAUGGACGACCAGAACCACAACAACUGGGAGGCCGCGGUGGACGGCUUCCGGCAGCCCCCGCCCCCGCCGCCGCCCCCCUCGUCGAUCCCAGCCCCUGCGCGAGAGCCGCCCGGGGGGCAGCUGCUUGCGGUGCCCGCGGCCUCGGUGGACAGGAAGGGCCCCAAGGAGGGGCUCUCGAUGGGGCCGCCGCCGCCGCCGCCGGAGGCCAAUGGGGUGAUCAUGAUGUUGAAGAGCUGCGACGCGGCCGCCGCCGUGGCCAAGGCGGCCCCCGCCCCCACCCCCACCCCCAGCUCCACCAUCAACAUCAACACCUCCACCUCCAAGUUCUUAAUGAAUGUUAUAACUAUUGAAGAUUAUAAGAGCACUUACUGGCCAAAAUUGGAUGGUGCCAUAGAUCAGCUUUUAACCCAGAGUCCUGGUGACUAUAUCCCCAUAUCCUAUGAACAGAUAUACAGUUGUGUGUAUAAAUGUGUCUGCCAGCAGCACUCAGAACAGAUGUACAGUGAUCUGAUUAAAAAGAUAACUAAUCACCUAGAGAGAGUCUCGAAGGAGCUGCAGGCCAGCCCUCCAGAUCUCUAUAUUGAAAGAUUUAAUAUAGCUCUUGGACAGUAUAUGGGAGCAUUGCAGAGCAUUGUGCCUCUUUUCAUAUAUAUGAAUAAGUUUUACAUCGAAACCAAGCUUAACAGAGACCUAAAAGAUGACCUUAUAAAGCUGUUUACGGAACAUGUUGCAGAAAAGCACAUUUACAGCCUAAUGCCUUUACUUUUAGAAGCCCAGUCAACACCAUUUCAGGUCACACCUUCAACUAUGGCAAAUAUUGUGAAAGGCCUAUACACUCUCAGACCAGAGUGGGUUCAGAUGGCUCCAACUCUGUUUUCUAAAUUUAUUCCAAACAUUCUCCCUCCGGCGGUGGAAUCUGAACUUUCUGAAUAUGCUGCUGAAGAUCAGAAACUUCAAAGAGAACUUAUACAGAAUGGUUUUACAAGAGGUGACCAGUCCCGGAAAAGAGCUGGGGAUGAGUUGGCUUAUAACAGCUCAUCGGCAUGUGCAAGUUCCAGAGGGUACAGAUAGUGAAUGUAUUGAAUGUACUUUCCUUCCCGAAAAGAGGACACACUGGAGCUGCAGAGACUCUAUCGGGAGCACAGCGGGGGACACUCAGGAGCCCUGCCACAAAGUUAUUCUUGGAAGAGGAUGUUGGACUUCUUACUUUGGUUUGUAAUUUUAAAAAACAAAUAACUAACAAAAACAAAAAACAGUUGCUGCUAGACUUGGGGAUGAUUUUGAAAUGGGACAAUCUUUUAAUGAGUUUAUCUACAGAUCCCGUGAGGAACGAACAUCUUGAGAAGUGACCAUCGCUAAGGGAAAUCCAGCAGCGACCAUCAGCAGCUUCCUCCAAAAUCACAAGAGCAGAAGAAUCUUUUUUUUUUUUUUUUUUUUAAAGCACUUGUUUUGUUCAUUUGUGGAUGUGGCACUUCAGCACAUUGGCUUUUACACACUGAGAUCUCUUUUGCUUUAAAAUCGAGCAGGUCAUUACAAUGCAGUGUUUUUCACCCACAACCAAAACAAACCCCGUUUAAAAGAGUUGGUCUUUGUUUAGCGUUAGAAAGUCUUGUUCAAGGAAAAUGCUGACCCUGCCUCUGUCGUAACGUCUCCCCUCACCAGUUCACAACUGUUAUCUGCCCUGUGCCUUGAGCUUUGUGCACUUUGCAACUCCGUGACCAGUUGUUCACCUCCCAGAUGCUUCCCGAAAAAGCUUGUGGUGUCACAGACUAACCCACCGACAAGGUGUCCGGUGUGACUUUGUAGCAGGGUACUAAUGAGUAAGUGGGAAGAUAGAAGCAUGUUGCUCAUUGGUCAGAUUCCCCGCUGCCUCACCUGUGGCCUAUUCAAGCUAACGUUGGGGACCAACUCUUACAGAACAUAUCCAUUCCCUCUGUCGCUUCCCACGACCUGCCAGUUGUGGUGGUGGUGGUGUGACGCUAGCAUAGGGUGGGCUGUCCUGUAGUGCCGAAGCUCCUGUCUGGUAGUGUGGAGACUUCUCAGGUGGUGACAGCUCGUGGCUGAGAUGCUCUGGGGAAGCAGAUACGGUUAUUAAAUCCAGAUGCAAUCAGUGGUGUGGGAUGCCUGAUCCAUCUCAUUUUAAAUGGGUGAGAAGGCACUUAAGAGAAAAAGUCUGCACUGUGUCUCUUGUAGCAUUGUGUUCGGGAAUAAUAGAGACGAGCUAACCCUGCUGUUGUGAAGCUUCGUGCCAGCUGUGACAGCUAUAUUGUGGGUUUUCCCCCCUACGCCCACAGUGCUAUUUAGUUUCUUCUAAAAGACUCUAAAGCUUCUUCUAGUCAUUUUUGGAAGGCAAAGAAAAGUAGAUGUGGCAGGUGAAAAUACUUUUCUUCUCAGUUUUGCUUGAAUCUAAAUUGAGCAUAUGCUUGACUGUUUGGCCCUGUGGCAUUAAUAGUUACCUCUUCAGAGAACUUGGGGCAAAACCAGACGUGUCAGGGAUUUGGCCAUACUUCUGGUUGUCGGGUUCUUUGUGGCCUCUGCCGGUUCACUCUGUCCUCUUUUGGGGAGCAGGCUGGGCGGGAGAGUUAGCGGUGCGGUAGUACGAGCAAGUACAUCAUCUAAUACAAGUCCUCUGUUUGUAAAAUUCCUGUUCAGAGAAGUAAACAUAAAGGUGGUCAGAUUUAUUUUUAAGUACUUAUCAACCAGAGUCGGAUUUUGUGGAGGACUUUGAAUUGGACUCACUUAACUCUGUGAGCGUCUUGGGUUGUACUGAUGAGCACUGAAUUACUGCAAGAAUAUAGACAGGCUCGCACCAUGUCCUCUACAGUUUGACUGCUGCCCCAGUAGCAUUCUGGUGUUGAGGAAGAUCCCAUUCUAUCAUGAAGUCCAAAUUUUACUUUCUCAAUGAAAUGCUUGCUGCAGGCUUAUGAGUAACAUCUGCAGCUUAAAGUCUCUCCUGAGCCGGUUCCAGAGUAUUUCUGAAAGGAAUAAAAUUGGGAUGUUUCUUUAAAUGUGGAUGAAUUCUUCAUUACCCUAAUAAUGUACCCAAAUGCUUUUUCUGGGAGAGUGUUUCUUUGGCCAACAGGGGAGCUUUCUCUGUAAAAGCAUUGUAUUAUGAUGUGAAUUGGCAUUAAAAUCUUUGGAUGCUUUUGCAUUAUUAAGUUAAUGGAGAAACAUUUUAUAUUGUCUUCUUUUUAUUUUAAUUUAUGUGUUAACAAAAAGUGGACACAGUGUGCAGAGUUCAGCUUCUCUAAAUAUUUGCACAGCGACUGCAGCGAGCUGUGAGCCAGUGCUUGGUCCUGUGAAGCGGUGAGCGGAAGGCACUGUGGAAAGAACACACACGCUCUCCUAGUGCAUGUGACUUGGUUGUUAACUCAUAUUGGCCCCCUGAGGUACAUUGCAGUGUGAAAAACCUGUUUCUUCCUUUUGACUAGAAAUCAACUUUGCUUAUUUUUUUGGGUUUCUUCACAGAAUUCUUGGCUUGCAACAUGAGACGACAUAAUAUUUGCCCUCCAUUCUCUAUUGACUCAGCACCGUUUACCAGAAAGUGUUUUCUUCUCACGUUUACUUGUAUUCUUCUUGCCAGUACAGUAUAUAGUUUCUCCACCCCAGUUAAAUCCGAACUUUUGUGGGGCCCGAAGCAUUGAGGUCAGAAACCCGUACACAGAUUGUCUCGUUAGUCAGCACGUGGUUGAUUCGCCAAGGCCGACCGGCCUACGCGGGCAGCCUGGACCCGGACUCUCCAAAAGAAAGCCAGUGCAAUCACCUCGAGCUAGUGACGGGGCAAAGUAAAUGAUCGUUGUUUUGAGAGACGGUACUUACUGUAAAAGUUGGCCUUAUGCGUCAGUAACAGUGUCCUCUGCUGUUCCCUGUUGUCACAGCUGCACCCUAACCCGACAGGAUCUGCUUGUUUUCUGUGGAGCAGAAAGCACAACCUGGCCUAGCGACUCCAAAGUUCCUAGGUGGAGCUAGAAGAAACAGGCCUGGAGGCAGGGGUUGUGCAUCAGUCAGUUUUGUGGGAAAAUUACUUUUUUUCCCCCUGUCCCUUUUACAGAUUUGAGGCGUGGGAUGAACACUGACCUGUGAGGGAGAUUGCGGGGGGAGCAGGUGCCCGGGGCCAUGCGUGCUACGUGCGUGGCCCCAGCGCUGCAGCCCCUUAGAGCUGCCGCUCCCCUCACUGUAAAUGCCACGCUUUCUGUUGGGUUGCAAAUUUGCACACGUGAAGAAUUCCUCAGGAAGAGUUUGCACAUGCAUCGCCUCGCACUAUUCUGUACUGACCGAACAAGGGAUUUGAAAGUUUUUCAGCACAAAAGGAGACCUUCAGAGCAGUGGCCUGUGCACACGUUCUAGCAAAGGUAAUGGUGACCUAGCAAACACGGUUGGUCUCUGCAGUUAGAAAGUGAGCAGGAGCACGUGGGUCAUAGUGUUUAAAUAAGCCUGUUUGAUCUCCAGAGCAGCGCUUUCAGGUUUUGUCUUCUUUUCUUAUCGAGACCAGCUAUAUUUUCUUCUAUGUUUUCUCAGUUUUAUGGCAGUUAACUAUUUCCAUGAUAAUUACAGAGGCAUUUACCCUUGAGCUAAAAUUCAGUUGUUUAAUAAGCAGCUAUUAUUAAAAUAACUGAACCUUGUUUUAUGAAUAUACACUAAUCUAAGAUCUCAAAAAACAUCUAAAAAGCUGCAUUCGGUCUCUAGUCCGUUUGGAUGUUUGAGUUUUGAGUUGAUUUUUGUAUGGUGUCUCGUUGCGCUUCAGAGUAUUAUGUUUACUUUACUCCAGGUCUAGGCCUCUUAAGAGAACUUUAAAAUAUAAGAUCAGAAUGUGACUCCCUUGACUGACACCUAGAAGAGGUUCAUAGGACCUUUUCGGUUGUGAUUGCAGUUUCCAAUAAGCUUGCCUAAGGUGAAGUUCAUGUUUAUCAAAAGUUAAAAUACAAGUUAUAGGAGUUCUUGGAGAAAUGGCUUUCUUGUUACUUUCAUUACCUUGUUGCGGUUUGCCCCAGUUUCUGGCCACCAGCAUCGAUGACAGGACCCCUGUUCUUUUUCAGGGGUAGUGAUUCCUCUUUUAUCCCCACUGCUGAUGAACUAAGUCAUUGACACUUUCCCUCCUCCCCUGGCCAGGGCCGUAUUUUGAACUUCUUUCCAGAGCCGAGUGGCACAAGUCUGUACGCUGUUUCUGCCGAUGUCUGUGGUGUUGCUGUGGGAGAGUUAGAAUCCUCGUGAGAGGUGCGUUCUUGACCUCAGUACACACUGGGCCCCGUCUUUAUUUCUGGUCGGACUGCAUUGUUUAGAAAAAUGUUAAUGGUUUAUAAUUCUAGGAAAUUUAUAGAGUGGCUAUGGGGUAAAUUUUGUGGUUUGGAAAAAAAAAUUUUUUUGUAUUGAUUCUCACAUGUCAUUUCAAUGUGGUGUCGAUGUACUAAAUGCAAUAGGACUGUCGAUAUUCUCUUAGAAGGGUGGGUUUUGUUAAACAGAUGGCAGUUUAAUUGCUCUCAUUAGCCCUGUUUGUCAAUAUUACAGCCAUGCAAUUCAGAAGAAAUUAUUCAGAUGUGAAGUUGUGGGGAAGUCUGGCUGGAGACAGGAAUGCUUAUGAAUAGAUGGGAGGUCAGAGGCAGGCAAGAGGCUCUUGCCACCCACCCACCAGCAUGGCCACAGCAAGGAUGGAGCAAUGAAUUCUAGUCCCUGGUGGUGCUUAUUUGUUGGAAAGAUAGUGGAGCUUAGAACAGGGUGUUCUGUACAUCAAUUCUUCUGUUACUUAAGAACAACAAAAUGGUGAAUGAAACUCUUAUUGAUUGGGGAUUUAAGCCAUGGACUUUGGCUCUGACCUUUAACUCUUGAUGGUUUUGGAAUCACUCCUUCUGUAUUAGGGUAUAUACCAUCACUCUGAGACAUUGUGGUUAACGAAAUAAAUCUUGUACAGAUGUCCUUGGCUUGUUAUGUUGCUGCUUGGUUCACUGGAAUUUCGUUAUGGCACAGAACAUGGGAUUUUGCUUACAGUGUAUUCACAAUGCCCGCCUGAGUGAUAAGCACACUCAGCACGUGUCUGUUCUGUCAUGGAGAAUCAGCUGGCAUGGGGAGUGUCCGUCUUGCCCUCUGUACCAGCUAUAAAAGAAAUGGGGUGUGUGUACUUAAUCACAUACAUUUAGCACAUAGUCUGCAUACGUAUGAAGUAUCUAUACCUGUGUACACAUAUGUGUCGUUUUCUUCUUUAAACACUGGCGCGUCGUAGACCUUUAAUCAGAACGUUCUGCCUCGUGGUGGUUUGCACUGAUGACAUCAUGCUUUAACAACAUGACCCCCUGUUUCCUUGCCGAGAAAUUAGUACUAUCCCCUAGGGUUUUGUCAUCCCACUUUCCAGUUUUAAUUCGUCUCACUUUCUCUUUACAAGUGUCCUUCCCAACAGUGUUCUCACAAUGCCGUUUCAGCUUCCGUCUUCCUCUUUUUUAAAACCUACGCUGUGUCUUAGUGGUAUCGGCUCUGAUUACCGCACCCAGCAGGAUUCCGGGACUGUCGUCUCCUUUUCCCUGCAUUUAAAUCACCUGACAGUUUCCUCCUUCAGCUUUUUCUUUCUUUUUUUUUCCCCCCCUUCCAGCCAGUAGGGAGUUAUUUAAAUCCUCUCCCCUCUCUUCUAGCAGAUUUUGUUUUUUCCUGAGUAUAAAACUUUUCUACUAGAGUCAGUUCUUUGUGUGUAUGUUUUUUUUCCCCUCUCUUGGCAUGUGACUUUAAUAAUCGCAAAUUCCAGAACAUUUUGAAUUUCAAAGAACAUGAUUUGGUAUAAGGAAUAUCCUAUACCUAAUCAGAGAGCAAAUGUUUGUCUCAGCUUAGUGGAGUUGUGUGUUCCCGGGUAAGGCUGUUGUGAACCUCAGUGUCCCUAUAUUAAGCACAUUUCCCUCCCCAAAUUACUCAUGAUAGCCUCUACAUAGACCAGUGGGCUUAAUUGGCCCAUUCCACAGGAUAUAACAGUUUUAAACUUAAUUAUGCCCCUAAGUGACUAAUAAUAGACCUCAAAAAAGGUAUUUUUAAAAAUGUCCACAACUACAAAGAGAAGUAGAUUAGUCUACCAAUAGGUGUUUUAAACAUACCUCUCUGAUUACUUAAUAAUUAAGAGGACAAAAUCAUGAUGAUGAAGGGCAUGGAAGAUUUAAACAGCACAACUAAUAAAUUAGACCUGAUGGAGAUAUCUAAAAUCGCCUUGCACCUUCCACUAAGAAAAGAAGCAUUUUUUUGCAAAUUAAAUCUAACAUUAUAUUUGAAGUAUAACAAGUGAUGACCACAAUGGAUUUAUCUGAGGAAGCAAACUGGUUAAUAUUAGAAGAACAGUCAGUGUAACGCGUCUGUUAAUGGAUUAACUUAUGAUCAGAUUGUCUGAAAAUCUAAAGAGUCUGCAAGGCAGAUGAGAAGACUUCAAGAGUUUAUCAUGUUCACUCAACAUGUGAAUGUCAGUUACAUUUCCAUGCAUCAAGCUGCAAACUUAACAUCUUAAGAUUUUAAAUUUAAUUAAGAAAAUUUACAGUAGGAACAAAACAGUAUAAAGUAUAGAAGAAUAAACCUUAAGAGCUUUAUAAGCCUUUUAAUGAGAAAACGAUGAUGGAAAAAAAACCCCAACACCUUGAUUGACCUAAAUACAUGGGAGAGACUGAUGGAUAAGAAGAUCAGCUAGGUCUCAGCUCUUUGUCCAAAUUGAUUAGUAAAUUAAUGUCAUCCCAACAAAGAGUCCCAAUGGUUUUCACUGUGGUCCUUGAUAGGCUGAUCCCAAAACGUAAAUGGAAGAGCAAAGGGCCAAUGAUAUUCAAAACAUUAUU